AUGUCGAAAUUUCCACAGACUGUAUUCAAAGUGUUCCAACAAUAUGGCCUAACCGUUACUUCAAAGAUAAUAGAUUAUCUCAAGGAUGUGUUCGAAGAAAAAGAAGUUCCUCAAGAAGAGUGGAUCGAGAGUUUAAGUAACAUAGCAGAGGAAUACCAAAGUGAUUUGUUACCCAAGUUAGUAGAUUUGGAUAACUUGGACAAAUUGAUAAAAAGGCUUCAAGACACUGCCCUCGAUGCAACGGUAGAAGAUGAAAUAAUGCUAGAUGCGCAGACGGAAAGUAAUCAACCGACGCAGCUGUCUCAACAAUUAUAUCGAGAAGAUAAUAUAACAGAUCUGGAGGUUGACCCACGCAAAUUUUUCCAUAUACAUAAUAUCUUUGAUAUAAAUAACUAUAAAUUGUUUGAUGAUAAAGAGACAAUAACGAUGAGGUUGAAAGAGCGACGAGACUUGAUACGCAAGAAAAUCAUGCAUAAGGAAGAGCUUGAACGCAAUGGGCCAAAA